AUAAUUAUCAUGACUCGCUAAUAGCCACAGACAGUGUGCGGGUCCUUGCUCCCCCGGUCCGGUAGGUGGCGGUAAAACUUCAUGAAACAACAAAAUGAAAACCAGGAAACUCCAGCGAACUGUUCCUGCUCUGAAAACGAUGGAGCACACGACAAGUGAAGCCCCUCAAAAAAUAUUCACCUGCCAGGUGUGUGAUUUAAGCAGCCCUUUCACUUACCACGGCCAGAAACCACCAAACACCAGAGCCAUCGUGUUGCUUGAGGAGUGUUUUGUCACCAGAGACCCCUUCAGUCCGGACAAGGAGAAGUUUCUAGUGUUGGGCUCCAGCUGCAGCCUGUGCGGGGUGCGUGUCUGCGUCGGACCGGACUGCAGUCUCUUCUACACCAAGAGGUUUUGCUUACAGUGCGUGAACAAACACUUGGACCAGUUCCCCCAUCAGAUUCAGACCGAGCUGGCUAAGAAGAAGAAGCAGCAGCAGCAGAGCUCCAAUGCUGGCGUCUCAUGACGUUAGACAAAGAGGUCCCAUAACCUUCAACCAGAUGUCUCUCGCUUUACCAGCUUUUUUUUUUUAAUUUUUAUCAAACCCAUACUGGACAAAAACACCACACCAAAAAAAACUCCAAACAUCCUGUAAUUUAUUAGCAUAGCUCUGGGUUAUUAUCAUUAUUAUUAUUCGGGUGGGAAAUUAACACCACACAGAGAAAAAUACCCGUUUAUUCUGUAAGCUGCCGUAUUAGCCUACAGGGUGUUAUUCGUCGAUUGUUUAUUUGUUUCUGGAGAGAUUUAUAGAAGCGAGCAACGGGUGUGACCGGUGUUGCCGGACCCCUGUGGGAUUGUGGUUGCAGGCUCGGGGAAUCAGAUCCGCUGGUUUGCAACAAUUAAAAAUGGCUCCCUGUUUAAAAAAUCUGAUGUCAUGCACUAUAUGUGCAUAGUUACACAGGAAAAAGCCGAGUGUUGAAUGCUACGAACAGCAUUUAAAUUAAUAACGCGUGCUUGUUCGGCCUUAAUCUGGCCCUUUUUUACACACUGCUCAACACAUUAGACUAAAGAAAAAAAUUCCACUGGUUGUGCAAGGUAGAGAAGUUAAUAGGUUAAAGAAUUUCUCUAUGUUGCACAAUGUUUUGUAUGUAUGAGAAAAAACACAUUUCACUACGUUUCAGCAACAUUUCUAUGACUAAUCCUUCCAACUACAAAUGUUUGUGUUGACAGUGACCCCUCCUUUUUGAAGACCGCCUCACUGUUAUCCCUUUCAUUUGUGCAUCCAUGGCCACAGAGUGCACUGUUGACUUCUGUGGAGUCCAAAAAAAAAAAAAAGUAUUUCUGUGUUAUCUUAAACUAUAAAAAAAAAAA